UUAUAAGGCCAGGUCCUUGGAAACACAGCUUGAUUUGAUAUCUUUGGCAGUCUCGGUGCCAGAACUAAAAUAAUGGAAAUCAUAUUAAAGAUUCCAGUUUGCGCCUCCUUCCACUACAAAUUAAUUAGAAGCAGGUUCUCUUAGAACAUCAGAAAGCCUCCCAUGGACAUGGAGUUCAUGUCAGGGCUCUACCGUCUCAUAACAGUAAUCAUUGUUCUACUGGUGACCAUCUUUGUUAUCAAAAUCUUGAGGAGAAUUUGGUCUAAAGGUGAUAACAAGAAGCUCUUCCCACCAAUGGCUGGCACCAUCUUCCAUCAGCUACUCAACUUCAGCACAGUACAUGAUUACCACACCAAGAUUUCACGCAAGUACAAAACCUUCAGAUUGUUCACCCCUUUUGGCAACCAGACCUACACAGUUGACCCGGAGAACAUUGAAUACAUCCUGAGAACCAACUUCAAGAACUACGGCAAGGGAGAGUAUAAUUAUCAAAAUUGUAAAGAGCUGCUUGGUGAUGGAAUAUUUGCGGUUGAUGGUGAUAAGUGGCGCCAUCAAAGAAAACUCGCGAGCUACGAAUUCACCACAAAGGUCUUGAGGGACUUCAGCGGUGUGGUUUUCAAAUGCAAUGCAGCCAAACUGGCUCAAAUAGUUCACAGAGGAGCUAGCUCUAAUCAAACACUAGAAAUUCAGGACUUGUUCAUGAGAUCAACAAUGGACUCAAUUUUCAAUGUGGGUUUCGGUGUGGAGCUGGACAGUUUAGGAGGACCAGAUGCAGGGAAUACAUUCACAAAGGCAUUUGAUAAUUCUAGUGAAUAUAUCACACGUCGAUAUUUCAAUCCAUUCUGGAAGAUCAUGAGGUUAAUGAACAUUGGACCUGAGGCAGAGCUCAAGGAAGGGAUCAAACUGGUUGAUGACUUUGUCUACAAAAUCAUUCAUGCAAGGAUGGAACACAAGUCCACCCAAGACAGUGAUUCAAUGAAGAAGGAAGAUAUUUUAUCAAGGUUUCUGGUUGAAAGGGAGAAAGAUCCAGCGAACAUGACAGACAAAUACUUGAGAGACAUAAUACUGAACUUUCUCAUAGCUGGGAAGGAUACCACAGCAGGAACCUUGUCUUGGUUCAUCUACAUGCUAUGCAAACACCCAUGGAUACAAGACAAAGUUGCUCAACAAGUUAAGGAAGCAACAGAAGCCUGCAAAAACACUGAGAUUGAUGAAUUUGCCAGGAAUUUAACUGAUAAAGCUCUUGACGGGAUGCAUUACCUUCAUGCAGCCUUAACUGAGACUUUGAGACUAUACCCUUCAGUUCCCCUGGACGCCAAGGUUUGCUUUUCCGAUGAUACAUUACCGGAUGGCUUCACGGUGGAGAAGGGAGACAUCAUUUUCUAUCAACCUUACCCAAUGGGAAGAAUGAAGUACAUAUGGGGAGAUGAUGCAGAGAUUUUCAGACCCGAAAGAUGGCUUGAUGAUAAUGGGAUUUUCAAGCCUGAGAGCCCUUUCAAGUUUACAGCCUUCCAGGCUGGUCCAAGAAUUUGCCUGGGAAAAGACUUUGCUUAUAGGCAAAUGAAGAUAUUUGCUGCUGUUCUUCUCCAUUUCUUCAGCUUCAAGCUCAGUGAUGAGGACAAGGUGGUUAAAUAUAGAACCAUGAUAACUCUUCAUAUUGAUCAAGGUCUUCAUAUUAAUGCUUUUCAUAGAUGAGUCAGUAAGAAAA